GGAGCAUGAUGUGAUGCAUCAUCGGAGUCGGACGUGUUUAUCAGUGACUUGUUUUUGAUAGCGGUCCAUAUACAACAUACAGAGUACAACUAAAGGCCCGUUUCUCCUAUUUCUGUUGGAUUUUGUACAUUGUUGGCCUUUACGACGACACUAUUUAUUUCUGGAGCGGUAAACAAGCCGUUUUGAAACGAGUAACGGCAGCUGCAGCAGCUGGUCGAUCCCACUCCUCAACACACAAGCGGUAGUGACGUAGAAUUGUCUCGGAAGUGACGUCACACCACCUCGCCCACAAAAUGCGCGAGAGAAGAAGAAGAAGGCGGCUCUACUGCGCCUGCGCGGAUGUACCGGGAAGCAAGCACAUCUGCGGAGACCCCAAAUGACAGUAACCUCACUGUUCCGCCUUCGUCCAAGAUGAGGCGAAUCUGAAUUGCAAUAAGACAGUUGGGAUGGCGUGCCAGCGGCGCUGCCCUCGCCCGUGCUCGCGCUCGUUGGCAUACACGCUGGCCCUGGGCACCGGUUUUGUCGCUCUGGGCACCAGUCGGAUCCUGCUGCUUAAAUUCUCCGCCAACGCAGACGACAAAUACGACUUCCUCCCAGCGUCCGUCAACAUGCUGGCGGAGGCGCUCAAGCUGCUCUUCUGCCUGGUGAUGUCUCUCAGGGUGUUUAUCCGAGAGCGCCGCUCCUGCCGAGAUCUGCGCUGCUCUUCCGCGUCGGCGCUCCUCGGCUCGUUGAAGUGGGCCGUCCCCGCGUUCCUCUACUUUCUGGACAACCUCAUCAUUUUCUACGUGAUGACCUACCUGCAGCCUGCCAUGGCCGUCCUGUUCUCUAACUUUGUCAUCCUCACUACGGCUGUUCUCUUCAGACUCGUCCUCAAGAGGCGCCUGUCCUGGGUGCAGUGGGCAGCGUUGGUCAUACUCUUCCUGUCCACCGUCUCUCUGACCACGGGGUCCGGCGGCGGCCAGACGUCCGGCGGCUCUGUGCCGGGAGUCCGUCGGAGUCCGCUGUCCGCGCCGACCAACUCCUGCCUGCUGUACACGCAGCUGUUGGAGCAGAUGAGGAACAGCAGCGCCGACGACUCGUGGGCGUCGAGGCUGCCCGGACGGGCCUGGCGGGAUGCCCUGGCGGGAAAGCUCCGCUCGCUGGGCGCGGGCCACGUCCUGCUGCUGCUGCAGUGCUUCGUCUCGGCCGCGGCCAACAUUUACAACGAGAAGAUCCUGAAGGACGGCGAGCAGCUGACCGAGAGCAUCUACGUCCAGAACAGUAAACUGUACGCCUUCGGGGUGCUGUUCAACGGUCUGACGCUCGCUAUCGGACGAGAGUCCCGAGGCCUCGCCGUCCACUGCGGCGUCUUCUACGGGCACAACGUCUACUCUCUCGCCCUGGUGCUCGUCACCGGAUGGCGAAGACCUGGAGCUGCUGGCCAAGGCCGCCACAGACAGCGACUCCGAAGAGUCGUCUUUGUAGCGCACAGAAGCCGAGCGUGCGCGGCGUUCUCUUCCCGGAGGAGGCGCGUUGUCCCACGCUCACGCGCACGAGCGCCGUCUGCAAAAGCUUUUCUUUUUUCUUUUGGCUUCUGGAGCGACGCCAUUGACGCCAUGUCUGAAACACACGAUUGGGGCGACGCGUUUUGUUUUUCCUGUGGUCAAACCUCAACACGCGCCGGCAGUUUGUGCGUGCUGGGAAAGUUUUUUUUUUUGUUUUGUUUUUUUUUUCAUUUGGGAAUCGUGGGUAUUUUUUCCCUCUUAAGCUGCUGGAGGAAGAUUUGAAUGAGUUUCAUUAGCAAAACAACGGAUCAAUAUGUGCGGAUAUACAGUAUUUAUAGAACUCAAGGAAUUGUUUGUGGCACCAUAAAUGGGCUCUUUAAAAGCACAAUGAGUGCAUCAUGUACUUUUUUGGUGACACAAGUAUUUUGGGAGUGUUUCUAAACUCCAACGAACUGGCAGUCGUCCGCAUUGGUCUUGGAACGUGACGGCAGAAGGCGGAAUGCAAAUCCGUGGAAAAGGGGAUUAAACAGAAUGUUGUGAAUCUGUAGAGAUUUUUCCAAACUUCAAUAAAAUGCAAAUCGCAACUGAUUUAUUGGCGUAGUCUCACACAAGCACAAUUUGUAUUACUGUCUCCGGAAGCGUUUUGUGCCACACGAGAAAAGAAGUUCACUAUCUUGUUUUAACUUGAUACGUUUCACGUUUUAACAUGAUUAAUUUGACUUAACGGUGUGCGGUCUUCUUUUCAAACACUUGGCCAUAUAUAUUCGAAACAGUAUUUGUCGAAGAGCAACAUAGUUAUGUAGCUAGUAACAUUGGAUUUAUACACAGAACCUAUCUCUCCCUUCAUCGGGCUCCACCAAUAACCUGAACCGGAAGGAAUUGUUGUCUUUGUU